GGUUUCAAGAUGGCUGUCAGGGGAGAAAUUUUGACCCUUUCUUGGUCGAUCAUUUUCACUUUUACCAUUUCUAGAGUAUCUGGUUAUUAUUGUGAUAGUGGCAGAUGUGGCGAUGAUGAAUAUUGUUGUGGUUUAAAUAUAUGCUGUACAUCCUACAUGGUGUGGCAGAAUUGGUAUUUUUGGUGUGGCUUGGUAUUUUUCCUGAUCAUGCUGUCGGCAUGUGCCAGCUUCUGGCGCUACCGGUACAUGUAUUACAGGACAGCUUUGAUUGUCCAUGCUGGGCCAAGUUAUCGCCAACUCAACGAUGAAUCAGAUGAUCCCGUUCAUCAUAUGCCACCUGAUGGCAAUAACCACGGAAUGAGCAACAACUAUGCAAAAUAUUCAGGACAAGCUGCCGGUUACUGCGAGCCGCCUCCAUACUCCACCGUGGCCUUGACCCCAAAAGAGCCACCACCGCCAUACACAAACUGAUGAUUUUACGAUUUGGGUUUUACUGAUCAGGAGCUCUUCAGGAGAGUAUCAUGACGGGUACAUUCAUGGAGGGUGAUUUGUACAUCAAUUGGCAGUGGACAUCGCUUCUCCUUUUUGCAAACCGCGUUGCAUUCGUGUUCCCACUUGACGAGUUCUGGCGCCAAUUGAUGUAUAAACUAGUCUUUUCAGAAAUGCAAUUUUUUUCUUUUUUCAUUUUUUUUUACAUGAUACUUUCAGUUGAGGCUAUAUUAACCUUUGGGUCUAAGUAUUUGUUCGACUUUCUUUGGCCUUUAAAGUUUUUCAGGCUUGUCUGAUCACAAGAGUAAUUGCCGCUAUCUACUUAUUUUUUUCAGUAUUUUUUAUUUGUGAUGCUAUUUGCAAUUUUUAGAAGGGGAAUAUCAAUUUAUAUGUACACAUCUAAACCUGUCUAUACAUUAUAAUCCACAAUGGGGUGUUGGGGUGGGACAAUGGGUAUUGAGGCAUUCGCUCCUCAGUUUCGGCAGGGUAGUUAUUUCUAGUCGCGAAGAUUAAAAAGUUACAUGUAUUCUUCGAAUAGUUGGCAUAAUGAAAGAUUAGGAGUAUUUUUCACAGGAAGAGAUCCUAAUGACCACCCACCUCUGCGUCUGCUUAGGCAUUUUGGAGACAACGCUAUUGCUUUAUGGAAUAGUUUCUCUUAUGUUUUCUUGUAAAUGUGAAUAGAAAAUAUGGUUCUCUCUGACAUAAGUGUAUUUUCAUAAGCAAAGCAUGCUGGCAGAGGCUAUAGUCAUAUCUUGAUCAGUAAAUAUGUCACGCUUCCUUUUCAACAGUUCAAACUUAGAUUUAUCAUAGAGUAACUAUAAUGUAGUUUAUUGUCUUAUAAAAAAUGAAAAGUAAAAAAAAUUAUGAUGACAAGUACUUUUCAGUUAAAAAUACGGUUCACAAGAACAUAGAAGAUUUAUAUAACUUAUACCCUGUUAGUGUUACUCCAAGUGUGCCCACAAAAUUCCUCCACUACCUCAUGUCGUGGGCAGUUCUCUUUCUAACUAUGUCUAGUAAUCCUAAUGACCUUUGCCUCCUGUUCUUUCAAUCAUCGACAAGUGGUCCUCCAGGAUACCAUUCGCCUGGGGAAUUCCAGCAAGAAUUUAGUUGGAGAUGAAAAAAGGAUUUCCUCGUGUUAUUCAGACCUAUUGCAGUCAGUUCAUGCAUUUCCACUUUCAUUACAAAUUUAUUAAUCUAAGUGUAUUGUCAAUUCUAAUCAUCAUGAGAUUGUCAGCUUAAAGGGGAAGGAGAUUAUUAAAAUAUCGGGUGAAAUUAUUAAUAUCACCAUACAUGUAGUGGUGUUGGUGGGCUUGGCUUGUUUGAUGAGGUACGCCAUUAUAUAUAUUGAUCAUGCCAUUCCUUGUGCCGAGUGCCCAGCAAAGUCAUUGACAAUCUUUUCUUCAGAGGACCUUGGGCUAGAAUUUUUAAAACCUGAGGCCAUGACCCUCCCAAAUUGUCUUGCACCCUCAAUUUUUUUCCCAUGUUUUCCAUUUGAUAUAGCAAGGUCGCAUUUUGUUCACAAAACUAAUGGCCUUAUAAUGGGUGCCCGCAGAUUGACUAAUUUCUAGCCUUGAAGAGCAUUUAACAGUUCUUUAUUUUAUUCAAACAUCACUUUUCCGUGUAUGAAGUGUUUUUUGGUCAUAUAUUAAUGUCAUAUCAAGUGUAUAUUCACUAUUGGAGUAAUUCACUCUGUGUAAAAAGUUGCAAUGUUCAUUUAAUCACUUGCGGUAUAGACACCUUAUGUUCAUUUAUGGAAUAUUUCAGUUUUGUAAUUAUGUUUAACACUUGUAAACUGCCUGUUGUGAUUUUGGGACAAAAAUUAUUGGUUUUUCAAAGAGGAAGUCUGGUUAUGUACAGGAAUGUACAUGUUGGCCUACAUGUAAAUAUCCUAAAAACACUGAGAUAAAACUGCUUUAUUUCUUCGAAAAUGCUUUGUUCCAUAUAUUUGUUAAGAUGGUGGUGAUAAAAAGAAUUGCCAUUGCAAAAUAAAAGUUUUAAAAUUGUAAUUUGAAAUAUAAAAGAAGUAAAAAGCUGUGAUGAUAUUGAUAAUCAUGUUUGUGCCACAUUAUUUAUGCUAUAUCCGGAAAUCUCAGAAAAAGUUGUUUUCAAAGUUUUAUUCAAGUAUAUAUAUUCAAAUAUUCCCAAAAUCGAAUUAGUUUCUGAACAAAUCACACAUCAGUCAAAGAAAAGUAUGUUAUUUUUUACAUGAAAAGUGCUCUGCAAACUAGCAUUGUUGGUCGGCUACAGAGUGUAGCCCGGUUGCUCAAUCUGUAUUCGCAGUAAUGAUGUUAUCCAGUCCUAACGCUUCUAUUGUAAACAAAAUUUACUGCAAGAGAUAACACUUAGUUGAGCUAACACUGGUGUUUGUCUCUUAACACCAAUUGAUUAACUUGACUCAGAGUGUUUGUGUAAAGACUUCUGGCACAAAAUCUUCUUUACUUGUUCCACUGUUGUGAAAUUUGACUUCACGUGUACAUGGGAGCUGUAUUUCAGUCUCACUCUCAUUGAAGUAAGUAAAAGGUGUUGUCAGCUUCAUCAAAGAUUGCUUCUGCAAACAAUCGGGAAGUAUCCACAAAAACAAAUAGACAUGCCUUGUGGUUUGGUCCCACAACUCAUAUGUUGUGAGUUCAGCUACCAGGCCAUCACCAUUUCAGUCUUGGGUGGGUGAGUGCCCAUCCAAUUGAUCUGGAUGUGAAAAGACACCUAAACUCUGUUUAUGAAAUGUAUAUUGCAAUGUCAUGAAUGUAUAUAAUAAAUUGUAAUUAUUAAUGUAAA